GGUAUGUGUAUGGGUGGGCGACUUAGUACGAAGGUUAACGCUAGGACGAACCCGGUACGUGACAACAUGCCCUCACAGCGUCAUACCUGGAUGACUUGAAAUCAACUCUUGUUUAUACUUGCUCAACCAGGACAGAAGGAAGACCACUGUGCUCCUGCUGUGUUGGAGUCCAAGGUGGUUUCGUAUUACCUGUUCCGUCUGCACUUACAACCCGUCAUAAAUCGGUGGGCGUCGCUGCUAGCUGAAGACAGGCGUGGCAAUGGCGGAGCCUGACACAGACUUGAUCUCUGCACACCGGCACCCUGGUAGGGCGGAGGCACCACAGAGGAGACAGUCAUACAAUUUUAGUGACAACUUCAACGUGUUAAGUUACGGCACCUACCGCAAAAUUGCCCUGAUGCUGGGGGACGAGAGAACAGUGGAAAACUGGACCGGGCUUGCCCACAGACUUGGCUCCGGCACUAUGGAGGACAUUUCAAACUUCCGGGUUAAAGCCCAAGCAUUGAAUGAAGUUCCGGCCAUGUUGCUACUUGAAGAAUGGAGUAGAAAACCAGGGGCUACAAUCCAAGUCAUCGUGGACGCCUUGACAGAAAUGGAGAGACCAGACGUCUUGAAGAUUGUAGAAGACGCGAUGGAAGACCAGUUCACUCUGCAUUACGUCGUGGUGACGGCGGAAGGACACAGACUCCCUGUCCAGAGAGUUCAGGUUUUCGGCUGUGACACGCUAGAGGCCAGUCUACAGACGUCCCUGGAGCAGACCGGACUGCACACAGACGAUCUGGUCAUUCAGGAGCCGGACGUAGAGGCGUACACACUGGUCAGGUGGUCGUCACCCUCCCGACUGGUCAAGGGCAGACAGUUAGUUCUCCGACACAAGGAUUGCCCCCCUCCCCCUGCUGCCCAACACACAGACGUGCUCACACCAGGUUCCCCAGGUUUGCCCCCAUGGCCCCCCGGCGCCGCUCCAGUCUUCCCCGGGUCUCCGGAGGAACUGUACGGCAACUCGUGGUCAAGUUUGGACAACAUCAGUGUUAUCAGUGAGGAUGUGGAGUGGGAAGGACUAGACGACUUGUCGACGUGCUCCCUCCCGGGAUGGCACCCGCAUCUUCCCGACAGACAGAAAUACAUCCGUGAAGCAAUGGCUCCGUACAUCGCUGCAGAUGGUUGGUUCCUCAUUCGGCCACUAGACGACAAUAGAGUAGCCGUCAGUGUUACGUUUAACGGCGACAUGCGCCACUUCAAGAUUCAUCGUACUUCGGACGAUCGUUACUACUUUCAUAGGAAGCAAUGGAGAGCACAAUCUAUCAAUGACCUUAUCAACAUCUACUCCGUGGAGGGGCUGCCGACUUCCGAGUCCCGGAAGGUGCAGAAGCCGCCCAGAACGCCUCAACCAGCCGAUGAACCGCCGCCCCUGCCGCCCCGCCCAGGACAGGCCGAGCCGCCCGAAGUACCGAAAAGGGAUAGUAUGGUGUACUUAAAACACCCGGUCCCUGUCAACAGGGAACUGGAAGAACGGAUAAAAGCGAAACAAACGAAACACGUUUACCAGAACUAGAGGGCGAUGUUUGC